ACAAACUCUUGUUUGUAUCCAUUAACUCUUAAUCUGGUAUUCUAAAUGUCCCAACAAGUGGACUCAACUAUAAAUUAAAUUCAUGUUAUGACAAUGAAGACAUGAAUCAUUUGAUCAAACAUCACAACCUCAAAAGCAGGUGAUUAAAGCCAUGGCAUCCUUAAGGGCUUUCCUUGCUAUUUGUUAUCCCAUGGUGCUUUUGCUAAGUGUAAAUUUCCCCAUUUCACAAAGCAUAGGCAUAAAUUAUGGAUUGCUGGGAAACAAUCUCCCACCAGCUUCAACCGCAGUCAACCUUUUCAAACAAAAAGGCUGGACCCAAAUCAGGCUGUUUGAUCCAAACCCGAAUGCCUUAACAGCCCUAAAAGGCAGCGGAAUACAAAUCAUAUUAGGCACAAGAAACGAAGAUAUCACAACCCUAGCUUCCAGCGUCGAAUCCGCAACGGCCUGGUUCAACACCUACGUUCAACCCUACCUCGAAAACAACAUCAUUUCUUACAUCACCGUCGGAAAUGAAGUCAUCCCGGGAACCUCAUCGGACUCGAUCCCGGCGGCCAUGGGAAACCUCCACACCGUCUUACGGAGCCGGCAAAUCAUGGAGACGAAAGUGAGCACCGUGGUGGCCACAACGGUGCUCGCGAACAGCUACCCGCCCUCGGCCACCGUGUUUUCCACGGCGGCCCAAGGCACAAUGACGAGCGUGUUAAAAGUCCUGUCGGAAAUUGGUUCACCCCUGAUGGUCAAUGUGUAUCCUUACUUCGCGUAUGCAUCGGAUCCAGCAAACAUAAAGCUCGAAUUUGCGCAGUUUACGUCGACGGCGCCGGGUUUUAAAGACGGGGAACUGAGCUAUUUCAACCUGUUUGAUGCCAUGGUUGACGGAUUUCAUUGGGCUAUAGAGAAAUCGGGUUACGGAAGCGUGAAUUUGGUGGUUGCGGAAAGUGGUUGGCCAUCGGCCGGAAAUGGCGCAUUUACGAGCGUCGAGCUGGCGAGGAAUUACAACAAUAAGUUGAAAGAACACAUAGGCAGUGGUGCUGGAACGCCGAAGAAGCCAGGUGGUUUAUCUGAGGGUUUUGUUUUUGCGCUGUUUAAUGAGAACCAGAAGCCUAAUGAAGUUGAACGAAAUUUUGGUCUCUUCUAUCCUGAUAUGACCCCUGUUUAUGAUUUUUAAGUUUGGACACUUUGAUAUUUGUAAUGUCAACGAAAUACUUCCGUUGAAAUAGAGAAAUACGUACUGCUUCCA